AUGAAGAGCUUCUCACUGGACACGCCUGAUCCUCCCAAACAACUUCUGGGGAUUGAUGAGAUGCCUAAGAAGAAGAGCUCUUCCUUCACAAAUAAUUGCUUUGGCCAGACUAAUGUUGCCACGUCAGCCACCAAGAAACGAUUCGGAUUCGGCCUCAGGUCAACAUCUUUGGAGAUUGAGGACACUAAACGCAGAAGUAGAAGCUCUUCCCCACAGAUCUCUCCCAGAGCAAAGAAGAAGGAAGCAGACGUGUACGUGUCGCUGUAUCACUUCCGGGGUAAGGAGAAGGACGAUAUGGAUCUCAGACCUGGCUCACGAGUAACGGUGACCAACAGCUCAGACCCUGAUUGGUGGAAGGGUAAAUGCUGCAGCAAAUCUGGCUACUUUCCGGCCAAAUAUCUCCUGAAGUUACAAAAAUACCAGCGGGUGUACCAAGUCACCCACACCAUGAACUUAACAGAGAUCGAUGGACUUGGGGGGAUGCGGUUGCACAAAGACCAAAUUGUACUAGCCGUUGGCGAUGUAGAAGACGAUGCUACGGUGAUCCAUGUUAAAGCAGCCAACAAUCGAGAAGCUCUGUGUCCAGCUCAGUUUUUGGUGGAAGUCUGA